UGCUUUGAUUUCAGGUGCAUGAGUUGUGUGACAAUUUUUGUCAACGGUACAUCAGCUGUCUCAAAGGCAAAAUGCCCAUUGACCUAGUUAUAGAUGAGAGAGACACAAAACCAGGAGACCUCGGCGAUACCAACAAUAAUAGCAAUGGUAGCAGUUUCUGUGGUGGACCACCUUGUGUGUCCAGGAAUCUUCUAGACACAUCGGGAGGUCACAGCACGGACAGUGCGUCGACGCCCGACCAGGGUCACUACGAAGAUUUGCCUGUGGGAAAUAUGGACAGACUUGGGAGACCACCCUCUCAGUCUUUAAAUUACGGUUCAGUAGGUGAUGACGUUCGAUCUCCUUGCGGAUCUACGGGUACCCCUUGUCCGUCAUCCCAACAACCGUCAUCGCAACAAAGCACAGACAACAACAGUGAAGCUGGUGAUGCUAGUGUAUGCUCGGGAGACGGUUCGGGCGAUGAUGACGACGAUGAGAGAGGCAAGAAGAGACAAAAGAAGAGAGGCAUUUUCCCCAAAGUAGCUACUAAUAUAAUGCGAGCUUGGCUCUUCCAGCAUCUCACGCAUCCUUACCCUUCUGAAGAUCAAAAAAAGCAAUUAGCUCAAGACACUGGUCUCACAAUUUUACAAGUCAACAACUGGUUCAUUAAUGCUAGACGCAGGAUAGUUCAACCUAUGAUAGAUCAAUCCAACAGAGCAGGUACUGUAGGUACGCCCGGUUCAGCGUAUAGUGCUGAAUCUUCAGCGAUGAGUUAUAUGAUGGAUGGGGCUUCUCAAAUGCACAUAAGAUCUUCAAGUCUACAGAAUUUGUCAUGUCCAGAGAAUAUGGCAAUCGGUCAUAUGGCUGGUUAUUCACAACUGCGAUCACCAGUGCAUUCGCAAGCAAUGUUGAUGCCGGGCCAUCCGAUAAUGAUGUCACAUCCAUCACUGCCUCCACCCCAUAGUUCACCAUAUGAUAGCUCUCCACCUAGUAUUAUGGAUAUGCAUUCAAGUUAAUUGUAAAAUACAUCAAUUUUAGGACUUCAAUAUAAAAGUGAAAUAUAUUGUCAUUCGUUUCAUUUUGUGAAAAGCGUACUCUUACCUUUAAGAAGAAUAUAGUAACAGUUUUUAAGACGUGACAGCCCUUCCAUAAAUGUUUCAGAAUCUGUAUAAAUUUUCCAAUCAAAUAUAUAUAUAUAUAUAUAUAGAUGUAAAAGAUUUCCUGUAUUUGAAGUAGAACUCUGUAUUAUUCAUUCUUAAAGACCAAAGCAUAAAUCCUCGAUUUAAUAGCGAUAACUGAAUGCUACUUUUGAAGACAUGUAAUAUUGUUGUUAUAAAUGAGAUUUAUUCUAAAGUCAUUCAUAAUAAAUUAAGUUUUAAUGCAA